AUGUGUGUGGCCCUGCCUAUGUGUGAGAGACAGAAAAUCUCUCUCGAAUUGUCGGCCGGGCGGUGGGGUAGACAUUUGACGCUAUUCCGCAUCCUGCCGAGGGUGGAUUUCGCAUUUGGACACAAUAAACAGAAUAAAGAGAAUGAAGAGAAUGAAGAGACUGAAGAGAGUGAAGAGAGUGAAGAAAGUGAAGAGAGUGAAGAGAAUGGGGAGAAUGGGGAGAAUAGAGAGAAUGGAGAAAAUGAAGAGAAUGAAAAGAAUGAACAGAAUGAAGAGAAUGAAGAGAAUGAAAAGAAUGAACAGAAUGAAGAGAAUGGAGAGAAUGGAGAGAAUGAGGAAAAUGAGCAGAAUGAGCAGAAUGGGGAGAAUGAGGAGAAUGUACAGUAUGCAGAGAAUGGAGAGAAUGGAGAGAAUGGAGAGAAUGAAGAGAACGAAGAGAAUAGAGAGAAUGAAGAGAAUGAAGAGAAUGCAGAGAAUGAAGAUAAUUGA